CGGCGAGAAAUGGUGCAUAGAAAAUGCGACGCGUAUUUAAAAUGCGCUCUUAAACAACUUCCGUUUUUGCUCGCCACUUGCCUUCUGUGCGGAAACAGAACUAUACCAUCCACAAGUCUCGAUGAAAUAUUUUCCCAAUUAGCAGGCUCGGGGCUAUGAAGUGAGCGAUGUCGGCCAAACCUGACUCAAAAAUACCAAUGAAACUGUACGUUGUGCGAGUUUCGCCAUGCUGUCGGGUUGUUUGGUUAUACGCACUACAGCACAACAUACCUUGCGAAUUGACGGACGUCAAUGUUUUCAACGGAGAACACCGUGAGCCAAAGUUCGUGGCGAUGAAUCCACACGAAGAAGUUCCGAUAUUAGCCGACGGCAGCACUACAAUUUUUGGAGGGUUGGCGAUACUACGCUACUUAUCUCAGAAGUACACGAACUUUGCUGGCUGGGGAAAGACACUGGAGGAUCGAUACAGAGUACAUUCUGUUUUGGACUGGGCAAGCUCCAAGUUACUCAAUGUAGUGGGUUUCAAAUACGUAUACCCUCAGUUGCUGGAAAGAUAUCACCUUUCGAGCGAAGCUGGCACUGAGGAGUUAAUAGAGAAAGGUCUGGCGCAAGCGAGUGAACUGUUAGAAGCCAUAGAGAGUCUCUAUCUCGGCGAGAAUCCCUUCCUGUGUGGUGCUGAAUUAACAGUGGCCGACAGUUAUGUAGCCACUAUCUUGUGUCAGGCUGAGUGGGUCGAAUUCGACUUUAAACUAUGGCCCAAGCUCACCGAGUGGCUGGUGAGGGUCAAAGGUCAAGAGCGUUGGAGUGAGGUGCAUUCAACGCACAACGACUUUGCCAAGAAGCUUGAAAAAGUUGCGUCCAUCGAUUAUGAAUCGUCGUGACAAGCAAAUGGAAUAAGUAGAUAAUAAGAUCCUAAACGAUUUUGAUUUUAUGUAUUAAUGGUUUUUUUAAAAAAAUUAAAAGACUCGUGAGGUAGUAAAAUAUCGAUAAAUGCCCUGGUAGAUAUAUAGGUCUACAACCCAAAGAUUAUUCAACGGUAAGAAACAUCUCGCGUUCGGCUUGAUGUCCGGGCCCGGAUAUAUUGAGUUACGGCGCUUUUCAUUUCUUUUUCGCCGGUAACAAGCCGAUAAAACCUUAAUCCUCUGAAUUAUAACAUCGGGAAAAAUGAGGAACGAAAAACAAUAUGAAUGGAAGCCCAAGAAAGGAGAAGAACUAGCGAGAGUCUUGCGAUCGCUUUCACGUGCACAACCUUUGGGUAAGAGGCCUAACUGGUCUGAGCGACAACACCCGUCAAAAUUCUUAAAAGCUAAGAACUGUAGGACUCUUGACGUGUAUUUAAAAUGAAUAAAAUAAAAUAAAGUGAAAUAAAAUAAGAAAAGAAAGAAAUGGACUCUUGAAAUAGCGAUUAGUUAUUUUAUGUUCAUUAGAGACAAGCUUUAUGGAAGGAAUAUUUCAGUAAAUUAGAUCUCUAACAAGAGAGGCCCUGUUUGGUCACAAGAACGCUAUUCCUACCCAACUACCUGAAACAUAGACGAGAAAAAUUUCACAGUUGCAUUUUCUUUUGCCACAUUUAUUUAUUUAUUUAUUUAGUUUACAAAUAGCAGAACUAGUAGAAAGCAAGUAAUACAUUUAGUAACACGGUACUUGUUUUGACAUGAACCUUUUUUUGCCAGUUUUUACAUAUAUAAACAAAGAGAGUCUCAUUUUAUACACUGUUAUGUUGUAUUACAAACUUGAAAGGAAUAUAAAUUUUGAGUCUUACAAUUAAGCGAAAUGAAUUAUUUCUAGCAAAAAAGUAUUUUUCAUAAAAGUACACAUGCAGCAAAGUUAAUCUGUCAAGUCUUUAUACCGCAGCUAGCUUUAAUUUGUUCAGUUUCGAUUUGGCAAUAUAUUUCGCAGUAUGUCCAUGAUAGCGUGUCGAAUGUGCCUCAUUUUCCAGCAGUAAACUACAGGAUUAAGAGAUGAAUUAAAAAGCAUCAGGCUCCCUAAGUAAAGCGAUAGACCAUUUAAAGCGUUACUUGGUGCAACGAAUUUACCAACAACAGAGGUGCAAUACUCUGGCAAACAACAAACCAAAAACGCAAGAUAAACGUAGAAAGUACUGAUGGUAGAUUUUUUUUGCCUCACAAAAUUUGCCAUUUUGCCAUUCACUUCUUCUUGUUGUACUUGCAGAGCUUGAAUUUGAUUUGUGUGGCGUCGUGCAGUGAAAUAUAUUCUGCAAUAUACAAGUGUGGUACACACGAAGCAAAUGCCGAAUAUAAUUGCGAAAACUGUGUCAGCAACAUGUCCAACAUCCUUCGCGAUUCGCAAAGCGAUUAUUAAUGGGAAAAAUGUGCUCAACACCCAUAUUGAGAUCACCACAGCAACAACACGCUUGUGAGUUACAAACUCCUGAUAUCUGAGGUGAAGAUGUAUAGCCAAGAAUCUGUCGACACUUAUGGCCACAACACUAAAGAACGACGCAUUAACAAACAAAGGAGCGAUGAUGUGAAGCGAAGUGAUGGUGAAAUAAGUAGGAUUGGCCAUCCAAGCGAUAUGCAAAGGUUGAACCAGUAAACCAACACCAAGAUCAGAAACAGCAAGACUCAGGAGCAAUGUUUUUAAAGGCUUUGGUAACGACGAAGUUUUUCUCAUGGCAUGGAUUGUUAAAAUGUUCAAUGCGAUGGCUGUGUAGGACGAGAAAGCGUUGAACAUACAAUUAACGAUGUACGAGUAGUAGAGCGGGUCUUUAGCUUCUCUCAUUGUAUAGCCUGCACCUCAAGAAAGAGCACUGAACGAUGUUACAUUGAACAUGUACCGAGUUGUGCACGAGAAAGUUUGAUGUUUAGUAAAGCUGGUUUAAAAUG